AUUUGGAGCCGCUCUGCGUGUCGGCGGUGGUGGCCGCAACAAGCUGACGCGGUGACGGAACAACUCGUCUUAUUGCUGCUUUUCAGCGGCGCGCAGUUCCAGUUGCACUAGCGCAUUGCAGCGGCAUCAACCACCGGAGCAGCAGCCAUGAUGCGCCGCGCUGUCGCUCUCGCGGCCGUAGCCAGCGCCUUCCGCGCGCCGGCGCCGCAGCCGCGUUCCACAUCUCUCAGAUCAAGCACGGAAGAAGCGGUACCAAGAACAAAUAAGCCGAGCGCCGCGAUGCCCGAGAUCCCCGCGGGGCUCGCCGAGCCGGGUUUGAAAGUCCCCCAGACGGCCUGGAAGUGGCCGCGGCAGUGGCCCUACGGGAGAGAUGGGUUUAAAAAACCGGAGGGUGAGGAGGAGAAGAUUGUCGACGGUUCGAAGGUCUUCGACGAGAACGCCGAAAAGACUUUCAGGGCCCAUUUAGUCACGCAUCUGGAAUCCGGGGCGGGCUCCGUGCUCGAGGUCGACGGCACGUGUUCGGGCCAGACGUACAUUCCCACGGAAAGUGGCGAGGAAUUGUGGAGUCCGCCUCAAUCUGUCACGAGGGUCGAUGCCUCUGCGUUGUUUGGGGACGCUUCAUUACCUUAUCCUGAUCGUAGUUUCGAUGCCGUCGUCCUCGCCUCGGCGGCUGAAUUGCUCACGGACCCCAGAGGCACGUUCCGAGAGCUCUGGCGCGUCCUGAAGCCUGGUGGCCGAGCUAUUGUUGCUUUUUCUUCCGCAAGAUUCAGCCCAGCCGCCCACGCCGCGCAGCAGACGCAGACCUGGAAGGACUAUAACGACGCGCAGCGGCUCUGGGUCGUCGGGAGCUACUUCCACUUCUCAGCAGGCGCGCCCGCGGCCGCGAUGAUCGCGGACGGCGAGCAGAUCGCGACGACGAUGUGGGGUGCGGGGUGGAGGGCAUUGCGAGGCUACGACUACCUCGACGCGGCCGAAGAUGCGGGCAAGGACAUCGCGACGAAGGUCGGCGACAUGGCCAAAAAAGCUACUUCGUCCGAGACGCCGUUGUUUGUGGUGCAAGCAGAUAGAGCCUACGACGUGUCGUCUUCCGCCAGUGCGGGCGCGCGCAUGGACGCGGCCCUCUGGAACGCGGCGUCGAUGGAUGAAGACGACAAGCGUGCGUGCCAGCGUCUCGUACUUCAAUUUUUGGUGUGUCGUGGUCUACGCGGUCGAGGGUAUCUCUCGGAGAUCGUGUCCGAGUUUGGGCCGAAACCAGGGCCGCGGUGCCGAGAAGUGAGGAACGCGUCGCGUCGAUGGCGUGGAGGGCUCGACGACGCUCCCAGACGCCGUCGACGCGAAGAUAAGCUGACUCACCGGUCGAUGUCCGCGCAGGCAUGUGCGCGACGCGGCUCAUGGAGUGCCUCGAGCGCUACGAGCCGAACGACGAGAUGCGGCGGGCGGCGCUCGGUGCGAAGGCGGCGGCCAAUCUGCCGCCGCUCUACGAGACGCUGAAGCCGAUGGCCGUCGUCAUUGCUUCUCCUUUGUUAGCGCAAUUUGCCGCGAAUGUAGCGCCGAAGUACGAUCCGAGUUGUGGCGCCCAAAGGUACGCUUUACGCGAAGGUCUGGGCAUCGCGGCUCCCAGAGAAGGCUUCUGGAAGCCCCUGGGCAACGUCACGGGUUCUCUAUCCAUCGACGACAAGCUCUGGUUGCUGCUGGACUGCCUGCCGCACUACCUGGGCCGGGGCGAGGACAUUGAUUACGUGCCUCCCGCGCUGGCGGCGUUGUUACGGUCGUCGGGCGAUAGUGGCUGGGACGAGACCGGUGUCUUGCCUCGCGCCAUCGCCGUGGUCAAGGAGAAAUUGCCCGACCUCGUCGAGGAGCGGGAGACCCAGGUCCUCGCGACCGAUUUAGCGUGCCGAGAUUUUCUCGCGGACGCGCUUGGUAGUGCUACUCUGUCCGAAGCCGCGGCCAAGGGCGACGCGUUCAUCUCGUGGAUGGAAUCUCAAGAUAAAUUUGCUCUGAAAGAAUUCCUGGAGGAGCGGAAGGAGUACCGGGAGCGCGCCGAGGAACAGGCCGACGCCGCGAAGCUGGAUCCGGAGGCGGCGGCCAAGGCCAAGGAGGAGAAGCGCGCGGCCGGCGAGGUCGAGGCCAUGCUCAACGCGAUCAUGGCGGCGAAGGACGCGAAGGACGCGGAAGAGAAGAAGUAGGGCGUAAGGUGAGGUUUCGUCGA